CGAGGAGAAGAAGAGAAGGCUGCUAGGUGAGACUGUCCGAAGUGCGUUCUCCCAAUCCCACAACCGCCGUCACGUCACCAAAGCAUCUGCCGACCUUCCUAUUUCCCACUCCAGUUACAGAAGAAACAGAGUAGAAUUAUCUAUUUGCUUGUUCAUUUUCUUUUUGGGAAUUCUCUAUAGUAUGCUGUUAUAUGCUUUCACGUUUUGAGCGCUUGUAAAUUAAUUUGUCACGGAUCAAUGGAAGAACCACAACGUAACGAACAGCAUCAACUUGUACCUGCAACGUCUUCUUUUGCAUCAACUUACGUUGAUGGUCCCUCUACAUCAUCAGUUUCUGCUUCUCAUCUCGUCGUCGAAGAAAAUCAACAAGAGAAUGACGAGUCAGUAAACAUCGAGGGUAACUCUGCUGGUCAUCACCACGACCAAGAACAGGAAAGAGAGCACCCUUCUUCUGCUGUGUCUUAUCGUUUAAAUACAUCCAUGUCCAACGCAGCAGCUAAUCAGAUGAGAGAUGAUGUUUGGUCAUGCCUAGCUGUUCUCAUUGCUUUCUGGUUCUUUGCUUCCUUGACCAUCAUUCUUGGAUACUAUGGAUCUGUGAGCUUGGAAUUGGGGCCGAAUUGCUCACGCCUUGUACAACCUAACCCAUUAUUUGUUCAGUCUCUUAAAGCAGGGGAGUUAGGUAAGCCAAAACCUGGACCGAUAUUAUAUGGAUUUUACAAGCCUCCGCCUUUGGAUGUUGAAAUCACCUGGACGCAACAACAUGAUGCAGUUGUACCAAAGGAUUUUCACAAGGAGUGGGCGCUCUUUCUGAACAAAGGGUCUAAAGUGGACAUCUCUUACAGUAUUAAAUCCCUUGGCGCCUCUCCUUUGUCCCUUGUGAUUGCCCAAGGUACAGAAAGCCUUAUUGAGUGGAUAGAUGAUCCAUCAUACCCUAACACAACUUUGUCUUGGAAUAUCAUAAAUGGAAGUGGUAACAUCCAACAGGAAAUUCCAACAUCAUCUUCUUAUUAUAUUGCUGUGGGAAAUUUUAACUCAGAGGAAGUGAAGGUGGAGCUGAAGUUCAUUGUGAAAUCUUUAAUCUAUGACAUAAAUCAGGCAUAUUACAGUUGCCCCCUCAGUAAUCAUUUAUGCAGUUUACAGCUGUUUCUCUUAGGGACAACUACUGCUGUCCUUACGUCUCCGGGCCCUGCUGAGGGUGCUUCAGAUGAAGACUGGUAUGUCAAAUUGUCUUAUGGGCCAAGAUGGAUCGUAUAUAUUAUUGGAUCAGGUGUGAUGACUGUCCUACUCUUGCUAGCCUUGAGAUUGUGUACUAUGUUCCGACCUCCCGGCAGAGAUGGAUAUCAAGCAGGAGAAAUAGAAUCUGAACGAACUCCGUUGCUUUCUCAAAAAGACGAUGACAGCUCAAGCUGGGGUUCAUCUUAUGAUUCCAAUUUACAUGAAGAGGAGGAUCUGGAAAAGUGGCUUGCGGUAAAUUGUAUAGAAGGAAAAUCAGUGGCAGAAGGGGAAAAUCUGCGCCGUCUUUGUGUCAUUUGCUUCGAUGCCCCGAGGGACUGCUUCUUUCUUCCAUGUGGCCACUGUGCUGCUUGUUUUACCUGUGGAACAAGGAUAGCUGAAGAGGUUGGCGCUUGCCCCAUAUGUCGUAGGAGCCUGAAGAAAGUGAGGAAGAUAUUUACAGUUUGAGCAGUAUGAGCAUUACCUGCAGACUCUCUCUGUCAACGUAAACCUUUUCUACGAUCCACUGAAUACAUUUUUUUUCUGUUUCGUGGAUUCAAUUCAUACAGCUUUUGUAAAAAGAGAUGGUUCCAUGUAGGAUUGUGUAAGAAAAUUGCUGGAACUAAUGAUGAUUUGACAAUCAGAUUAGCUCGUGCUGAA